UGGUCUCUCCAAUGGCGCCCUCUCUGCCUUGUUUAUAGCGUCUUCGUUUACCACCCUUGCGCGCGCGUGCCGCUGUCGUCAACCAAUUCCUGUCUGGAGUGUCUGACCGCCGGUGGGCGAGUGGGGUGUGUCUGCAAGCGGAGAGAGCGUGCGAUUCAGACUCCUUGUACACAACACGACUCGAUUCGGGGAGAGACUGCCUGGAACCAUGAAGAAAUCGAGCCCGGCAAAGCAACAACCACCACCUCCGGCUGAAGUCACAGUGCCAGAUAACGAGGUUACUGUGCAACAACUGAACGAGCUGUUGUCAAACAGCAGCGGAUUUUACAGUUUACCAACACAGCAUUUCAACGAGGUCUUCCCUAGAAUAUACGUUGGUAACGCGUUUGUGGGCCAGAAUCUGAUGCGUCUGCAGAAGCUGGGCGUGACCCACAUCCUGAACGCGGCGGAGGGCAACUCCUUCAUGCACGUCAACACCAACGCAGAGUUCUAUGCUGGCUCGGGCAUCACCUACCACGGCAUCCAGGCCAACGACAAGCCUCAGUUCAACCUCAGUACAUUUUUUGAGGAGGGGGCAGACUUCAUCGAGAAGGCUCUGGCACACAACAAUGGCAAAGGGAAGGUGUACGUCCACUGCCGAGAGGGCUACAGCCGCUCGCCCACCAUUGUCAUCGCUUACCUCAUGCUGCGCCACAACCUGGACGCCCGGGUGGCGGUUGCCACGGUGAGGCUGAAGAGAGAGAUCGGCCCCAAUGACGGCUUUCUGCGCCAGCUGUGCCAACUCAACGAGAAGCUGGCAAAAGAGGGCAAGUUGAAUGGGGUGAUGCCAGUCGUGGCUGCCAGGUUAAAGACAAAGUAAGAGAGGGAGAAAGACCCAAACCCUCCUAUUCUGCCUUCCAUAGGAGACAACCUGACUCAAUCCACCCUGACCGCCAAACGUCUCACACACAUGCACAUACAUGUAACAUGCAUGCACUGUACAUACAUGGUGACAGUCACACAAUAACUUUCUCUCAAACAAACUCUCCUAUCUGUCAUGCUGCCGUCCUCUUUCUCACCUUCAUUCUGUCUCUCGCUCUCUGUCUCUCGCUCUGCUGGUCUCCUUGGGUACAUUUGUCUAAACCCCAGCCUGUUUCCGAUAGUGGGGGAAGUAUGUUAGGCCGAGGGGUGGGGGUGGAAAAGAGGGUACCUGGGGCAUGCAGGCAUCCAUCUAACCAUGGCUCAGUGCUUUCCAGUUUACUCUGUCACCCAUCUUCUCUCUGUAGAUUCAAUAAGCAUACGUCCCACCGCUGGCACACACAGCCCCAAAGUUUUGUGUGUGUGUGAAGUUUUGACUUGACCAAUGAAGCAUUCCCUAGACCAUAUGUUUAAAACACUGAACAUUUCUCUCCGUGUUCCACUUGGAGCUCUGAGGUCGGAAGAGAGUCGGAAGAGUACAAAUAAUAUAUUAUAGCACAAUCAUUAAACAGAAUCCCACUGCCGGGACUGUCGGACUACAAUGAUGUCAUGACACCAACAAAAUGAUCUCUGACCAGUCUGGAAUGUUUUUGGACAUGUAGACUAUUCCUGAUUGGGUGUGACAAUGAAGCACCCUGACAUCACACAAGGAAGUGUCAUGGGUAGUGUUGGGUGGGCUAAUUUGGUGUAUAAAAAUAAAAAAAACAUUCCAUAGAGACUGGCUCCCCAAGAUGUCAUAUACACACACACACACCCACCAUGUCUAAGUAGAAGCAAGCAGCAACACACACACUCACACACACACAUCAU